GCGAGGCGAACGCGCCACAGCGCAGCACAAUCCCACUUGAUGACGUCGAUCAGUUUCCGCUGUCAGUCAUUCCCCUCCUCGUGCCUCCUCUACUAUCGCUAGAAGAGUCGCUCGGGCGAAAAAAAGUCCGACUCAUCGACCUACGGACUACAAACUUUCUCCUAACACCAAUACCUCGAAGAAAUGGAGCUGGGAUUAUGGAAUUAAAGCCCGGAGCGCUUGCGAUGGAGAUUUUAUUGCUGGAACUGCUGCUUUGUUGUAGUCUGACGGUGAUUCGUGGUUCUCCUUUGCUGCUCUUCGCCAACCGGCGGGAUGUUCGUCUGGUGGACGCGGAUGCGGGCCGGUCGGAGUCCGCUGUGGUCGUCAGUGAACUUGAGGAUGCGGCCGCAGUGGACUUUCUUUUCUCUGAGGGCCUGAUAUUCUGGACGGAUGUCAGUGAGGAGGCCAUCAAACAGACCCACUACAACCUCACUACUAUCUCUAUGAAGGAGGCCACACUGGGCAAAGGGCAGACGGUAGUGGUAUCAGGUCUGGAUUCUCCCGAUGGCUUAGCCUGCGACUGGCUCGGACGCAAACUCUACUGGACCGACUCUGAGACGAACCGCAUCGAAGUAGCCAACUUGGACGGCACCUCUCGUAAGGUGCUCUUCUGGCAAGAUCUUGACCAGCCCAGGGCAAUAGCGCUAAACCCUGCUCAUAGGUACAUGUAUUGGACCGACUGGGGGGAGGAGCCGAGAAUAGAGAGGGCGGGAAUGGAUGGCACCAAUCGACAAAUCAUUGUACACAACCAAAUCUAUUGGCCCAAUGGACUGACCAUCGACCUCGAGGAGCAGAAGCUCUACUGGGCAGAUGCCAAGCUCAGCUUCAUCCACAAGGCCAACUUGGACGGAACGGCUCGAGAGGCUGUUGUGGAGGGUUCUCUCACCCACCCAUUCGCCCUUACUCUUUAUGACGAGACGCUCUACUGGACCGACUGGCAGACCCGAUCCAUCCACGCUUGCAACAAACACACCGGAGAGAAGCGGAGAGAAAUUCUUAAUGGCAUUUACUCACCGAUGGACAUCCAGGUGCUGGGCCAAGAGCGGCAGCCCAACAUUCAAACUCCAUGCAGUGAAAGAAACGGAGGCUGUUCCCACCUGUGUCUCCUCUCUCCCGUGCCACCCUUCUACAGCUGUGCUUGUCCAACAGGGGUUAAACUCCAAGACGAUGGAAAGACUUGUCGACCAGGGGCAGAACAGGUGCUUCUACUGGCUCGCCGUACGGACAUUCGGCGGAUAUCCCUGGACUUACCUGACUUCACGGACAUAGUCUUACAAGUCAGCGACAUCCGGCACGUAAUCGCCAUUGACUAUGACCCGGUUGAAGGAUAUGUCUACUGGACGGACGAUGAGGUUAGGGCCAUCCGCCGCGCCCGAAUUGAUGGAAGCGACGCCCAGACUCUGAUCACCAAUGAGGUCAAUCAUCCAGAUGGAAUUGCAGUGGAUUGGGUGGCACGCAACCUCUACUGGACGGACACUGGCACCGACCGCAUUGAGGUGACCAGACUCAAUGGCACUUCUCGACGCGUCCUCAUAUCUGAGAACCUGGACGAGCCACGAGCCAUCGUUUUGGAUCCAAUAAAUGGAUACAUGUAUUGGACUGACUGGGGGGAGAAGCCCAAGAUCGAACGAGCAAACCUGGAUGGCACUGACCGGGUCGUGCUGGUCAACACCUCUCUUGGUUGGCCCAAUGGUUUGGCCGUCGACUAUGUCGCUGGAAAGCUUUACUGGGGCGACGCCAAAACGGACAAAAUUGAGGUAA